CUUUCCAAGAGAGCAACCAGAACACUGUAUUGCAAGUACAUUCACCGGAGGAUAGUUUCAUCGAACUGAUGGCCAUGGGAAAGAUCAUCAUGCUCAACAGCAAAGGUCACAUGGAGGCUGCUUCCAUGGAAGGAGUUAUAGCAGAGAUGAUUCGG